UGUGAGUGACAGUGAUAAAUACGCCGACCUGCUGGUGUUCGGCUAUGCCUGCAAACUGUUUCCAGACGACGAAAGGGCUCUUUACCACGAGCAAGGAAAACAUCUUAUUCCGUGGAUGGGGGACAAGAGCAUCAUGAUUGAUAGGUCGGUUGAACAAACUUAGACCGAAACAUUAUGCUAACCAUCUAUCCUGUCCGUUAGCCUGUUUCAAAAUUCAAGGGACCACUUGGAGUUUGUCUUGCAGAAGCUUGGAAAUACCUGCUACUGGCGACGAAUGUUUUAUUUCUUGCCUGCUAACUUGUUUUUUGGAUGUCCUGAACUGACAACAAAUGGUAUCUGACGUUUCUAGAUUAACAUGCGAAGAUGCAACCCCGCUGUCAGUUUUUUUUGCUAACAUUAGCCAUGAUGCUGAACUAUCAGUAUUCACUCAGUUGCCAAUUGUUUAGGCACACCAGCUAAAAGUACCGCAGUUUAAUACAUCAUUAAUACAAAUAGUCGAGGCAAAUUGAAUUGAAACUACUGUAAAAACGUUUAAACAAAAGAUCAACAUUAUAAUCUUUACUAAGGUAUGAUUUAUUACAGUCUGCAUUAGUUUGUGUACCUCCUAAACUGGCGAUAGGGUGUAUUUUAGACACAAAAAAAAGACAUUUAAAUUCCAAAUUUAAUCUUCUUUAAGACUUCUUAAGUUAGCUUUUAGGUGGGCUUUGCGUCUUGGCAUGUUGGGAGAAUUUUCUCUGGAAACUUUUUACUCCAGGCAUACUUUAUGAUUGAAUAAAAUGGAGUAUGACACAGAAGAUGUAUCAUGCGUUCUGUCCUUCUCCAAUUGAGUAUUGCAGAAAAUACCAAUGUGUAGCUUGUACACAAAGCUGAUGACCUGGGAUUUUAUUAUGCUGUGCUGAUAUCCACAAGGCCAGAGCAAAUUCUAACCAAGAUUCAAGUUACUGCAGUUAAGGUGAUUCAAAAUAUCACAAUGACUUGGGGCUUGACAAAAGGUUUAAAGGUGCUGUCAGCCAUUGUACAGAAUGUUGCUGCAUGUGAUGGAGUAAUGUGUAAUUGCCACCUCCAUGCAAAACACAUAAUUAAUUAUUCUAGCCUUUAUAAUAAUGCAUUGAUGCUUUUGAAUUACCUUGAUCUGCAGUGGCCCAACUUGUGUUUCAUUUGUACAGCCUUUGUAUGUGUGUCUUUAUCACGUAACCCAGUUUCUUCCCCAGCAAGUUAGGCUAAGGGGUCCUGCCAAACCCCGAAUGCCAACCACAGCACCCCAUUUCUUUGUCUUCAUGAAGAAACUGCAACUGAGAGGUGGCGUAGAGGGACGAACCCUGGAAAAUGUCGUCCAUUUGGGUUCUUACGGAUAGAUACGAUGGGCGUGGUCACUUACAUGACCUUUCAGAGUAUGACAGCGGGUCAUGGAAUACAUCCUACCAGCUGUCGGAAGAAGAGGACAGGAUUGAGGCACUGUGCGAUGAGGAGAGGUACCUGGCACUGCACACUGACCUGCUGGAAGAGGAAGCCAGACAAGAGGAGGAGUACAAACGACUGAGUGAGGCUCUGGCUGAUGAAGGUUCCUACAAUGCAGUGGCCUUCAAAUACAGUGCUGACUACUAUGAUCCCUCUCAGCCCACUGAGGAGGAGGAUGCUAACAAGGAAACCGAAGAGGCAGAACCCGAGGAGAGUGAGGAACCAUUCGUUGCUCCCCCAGGGCUCGCUAUCCCUCCUGAUGUGGAACUGCCUGCAACCAUCAAGACCCAUAACAUCAUCGAGAGGACAGCCAACUUUGUCUGUCAGCAGGGGGCUCAGUUUGAGAUAGUCCUAAAAGCUAAGCAGUCUGGCAACUCCCAGUUUGACUUUCUUCGUUUUGACCAUUACUUGAAUCCUUAUUACAAACACAUCCUGCGGGCCAUGAAGGAAGGUCGAUACAACCUUGUUUCCGCCAGCAAGAAAGAGCAGUCGCAAGACUCUCACUCGGAUGAUUCAGAUGAGGAUGGGGACGGGAGUUACCUUCAUCCCAGCCUGUUUGCCCCUAAAAAAUGCUCUCGCCUGGAGGAACUUGUGAAGCCUCUGAAAGUAAUGGACCCAGACCAUCCUCUGGCAGCACUUGUACGAAAAGCCAAACAGGAAAGAAAUGGCACUGCAGCAAUGGCAACUAAACCAGAGGAAGUGCCAGACCCAGCUGCAUCCAGCACACCAGCACAGUACACUACUGACCCAAAUUCAGCUGCAAUGUACUACGGGUACUACAUGCUUCCUGAUGGAACGUUCUGCUUGGCCCCACCUCCCCCGGGAAUAGAUGCCAGCUCCUACUAUAACAAUAUGCCCUCAGCUGUCAUGGCUCCCCCUACGUCUUCUGUGACUUUGCCUAAUCUGGGAACUACACCCACGGCUCUUGAAACUACCGCCUUGGCACCACCAGCUACAGCCCCCUCUCAGGUCACCAGUUCUGCUGCUUCUGCUCUUGUACCAGAAACCAGUGCAAAACCAGAAGCUCAAGUUCCCACACAAGCACCGCAAGCCAUCAUACCCCCACCACCUGACAUCCAGCCAGUCAUAGACAAGCUGGCCGAGUACGUUGCAAGGAAUGGUGUUAAGUUUGAGGCCAGUGUACGUGCCAAGAAUGAUCCACGGUUUGACUUUCUGCAGUCUUGGCAUCAGUACAACACCUAUUACGAGUUUAAGAAGAAUUACUUCAUGCAGAGGGAAGGAAGGUUCUUGCCAGAGAGUGAGACAGUAGAUGAUGAUGAAGAUGAUGAUGAUCAACUUCAGUCAGACACAUCAGCCAUAGAGUCCAAGCUGACAAAAGCCUCUUUUGCCCCCAUCUGUUUUGCCAUCAAGGCAAAAGAAAAUGACAUGCUGCCGCUGGAAAAGAACAGAGUUCGAUUGGAUGACGAUUCAGAUGAGGACAAGUUGCUGGAUGAGCAGGGGCUACAAUCUGUGUUAGACGGGGCUGACAUGGUGGAGCCUCCUCCAGUCAGUGCACCAGAAGAGAAGAGGCCCUCUCUCAGUUUGGAGGAGUUGGAGGCAAAACAAGCCAAGCAGAAACUGGAGGAUCGUCUAGCAGCUGCAGCCAGAGAGAAACUGGCCCAGGCAUCUAAGGAGUCCAAGGAGAAACAGUUACAGGCGGAGAGGAAGAGGAAGGCAGCGCUCUUCCUACAGACCCUCCGCAGUCCCUACGCUGGAGAGCCUGAGGCCAAGAGAGCUCAGCUAGACUCAUCUGCACAACUUGAGAUGCAAGAAGCCCUGUCUAUUCUGUCUUACCCUGCAUCUCCUCAAGUGUCCUCUGCACCACCUGCGUUUCCUCAGGAUCAAAGAACCACCGUGGACAACCAAGGAGCCCAUCGCAGCAGGGAGGCCCCAUCCUGCUCAUCCUCUUACACUACCUCCAGAGGAGCAGCCAGAGACAGAGACCGAGACAAAGACAGAGAGAGAGACAAAGACAGAGAGAGGGACAAAGACAGAGACAGAGACAAAGACAGAGACAGAGAUAGAGAUAGAGACCGAGACAGAGAAAGGAACAAAGGAAGGGACAAAGACAAAAAGAAGAAAAAACACAAGAGGAGGUCAAGAUCGAGGUCAAGGUCAAAAUCAAAGUCAAAGAGCAGACACUCCCUUCCCAGUGCCUACAGGAGAAACCGCAGGUCCCGAUCCCGCUCACACUCCCCGGGGAGAAGGGACAGGAGGGGCCCCUCGUCAGAGAGGAAACGAGAAGAGAGAGAGCGGGAGCGCUAUCAUCCCAGCAGCAGCUCCAGCCUGCCCAAGGGGCAUUCGAGAUCCAGGUCCCCUCCUGAAAAAAGGAGGUCAUCCUCAGGACAGAUGCAAACUGUGGGUUCCUCUCUCUCACCAUAUUCAGCUAGUCCCACGUCCAGCCUGGCCCACUCGAGGGGUGGUUCUCUGGAGAAAGACAAGGCAGUGUCCUCAUCCAUAGUAUCCUCUGUUCAGUCCAAAAUAACUCAGGAUCUGAUGGCCAAAGUGCGAGCCAUGCUUGCCACCUCCAAGACCUUCCAACCUCCCAAUUCCUAAAGCGAGCAUGGCUUUCAACUAGCCACAACAGCCUCAGCCAGUCAGUGAGCAUUCUCCAAUUUCCUGGAGAUUUAUUUGGCCUGGAUCUGUUUCAUCUCCCUGUGUUAAUCUUUGAUUCAUUAUUUCAUCUCGAUUUGAGCGCCGGCAGGUUCAGUUUGGCUACAUUAUGUCUUUUGCAGCAUUGUCAAAGUGACGUAAAGGCAGUCAAUGGGCUAAAAUACCUGGUUUGACACGUGACCUGAGAAAACAGCUCAUCAGCUGGGAGAUCAUGUCAGCAGUUGACAUGUUUUGGUACAGGGAGAAUCAAAUGGAAAUAAUCCAUAUUUUAUUUUGCAUCUUGUUUUAAAACACUCUAUUUUACUCCCACGUGCUGACAGUCAUUCUCUGCAGCAUACCUAAAGCUGCUGGAGGUCUUUAUUCUCUCCUUCUAUGAAGGAUUGUGUUGUUUUGAUAAUUGCAAUUCUCCUCCCUCAUCUACCAAUAUCUGCUGUUUUCCUACUAUGUCCUCCCCCAGCUGUCUCCAGCACCUCACCCUUCUACUUGAGAAGCCGUUUUAAUUUUCUUCUCUGUACUUCAGCUUUAGUGUGUGGCCUUCUAUUUCUGUUCUUGGUUUGUACUGUAAUAAAUUUAAUGCAGAACAACUUUGUAAUCCAAAGUGUCAAUAAAGUUUCAAUUAUGAUUUA